UGAUUGUGCAUGAUUGUAACUAAAUAUAAAAGCGCGGAUGACCAUGGCGAGAGUUGCAAGUUUCAUCCAACUCGCGGAUGACGUGUCCGUUGACCCAGACGUCCUGGGUGACCCGGACCGCAAGCUAGUUGAUGCAGACAUCUGGGAACACUCAGACGACGAAGGGCUCCCAAAUUUGCCUCCAAUCGUCCCACCGACGGCUGCUAGCCCAACAUCGGACGCAGAGCCUCAUAAGGUGGUGGAACUGAUGUUCGACGGGGGCUUUCGGAAUCCGGGGUGUCGCAAAGUGUACCAGGAGCUAUUUGGUGCCGCAGGUGAUAGACCAGUGCAUGUUCAAGCGCUGUCACUGUGCGCGUGCUUCCCCUUCAACGGCCAACCUCCCUGUGGCUAUGGGCCGGACCCGGACGAUGACAGUGACGGCAGUGACGGUUCAGGCCAUGAUGAAGACUUCGAGGAUUCUGACGAACGAGGGAACGUCAACACUUCGGACGGUCCUGAUGCCGAGGACGUCUACUCCCUCGACGAGCACGAACGCGAGGCAAGGCACCUGCUCAUUCGGAAAGCCACGAGGAUCGUGUGUCGUCUAGACAAAGUGGAGUCUUUGCAGCUGAAGCACAUGAUGUGGGCGGACGUGCACAUAGAGGCACGGGCGGUCCUCAGCAACCCUGCGUACUUCAAUGGCCUGACCAUGCUCCAUCUAUGGGACGUCAACUUUGCCACCACGAGCCAACUCAUGCGGGUCCUCGAGCUGGUGACCGCACAUCGUGUCAUACAGCUCACCGUCGGCCGCUGUCUCUGGGAAGUCAACAACCACCAUCGGAAGCAGGUUGCUAGUCGUCUUCCGCUGAGGCUGAAGCGGCUCGAACUCUCCGAGGCCGACGAGUACAAUUGUUCUUGGCGGCCCGUCGUCCAGUGGCUGCUCGGAAAGCGAGAGGUGCUAUCGGUGAAAGAAGCAGACGUUGUCUUGUCGAGCUUGGACAUCACACCUCUGAUCGACUUAAUCCGCAAGACAGCGUGUGGGAUGCGUUGUUUCCACGCUAUAUUUCACACGUUUGAGAGCGAAGAUGCAGACCUCACGGACGAGGACAUCAGACGACUCAGAGAUGAGCCCAGGAAGCCCCCUCGCCGUGGCGAGGAUCGGGCUGUCCGCUGGUACUGCUUGCCGGACGACAUCGUGAACCGACAGAAGUGGUCCUACGGCCUUUCACGCGCCCGUGCGCUGAAGCAAUGCCCGACCAUGGAGCAGGCACACGCGGACGCGGAACAGGCCCUCCGUGAUGACCCCAUCCUCAACAGCACACUCCUGGACAUCGAAGUCCUCCUCGACUGGACCGCUCUGGCGAUCACAGGCCUGCGGGUCGUGCGCCAGCUGAUCUGCUCGGCGACCAGGCGCCUCAGGAUCGAGCUCAGGAUCAGGGAUUUCGAGCGCGUGGAGUGGAGCCUCCUAAACGAUCUAUUCAGCGACAUCGACAAGGCCUUCGUGCGGCACGAGGUCUCCGAUGUUAUCGAGUAUAGCGUCCAAAUCUGGAUCGAAUUCGAAAAGGACUCACACGAGGAACUACACGAUAUGGUGAGGAGGAAGCUACCUAGCAUCUAUCGGAGUAGCGUGAAGCCCAAGGUAUCGGUGCAUGGCUCGUGUGGUCUGAUGCCACCAGUACCUGACACGGAGUAGGUCGGUCGGUCUGUGUCUUCGCGAGAACUCGGUCACAGGUAAGUUUUCUUUCCUGACGAAGAACACUAUGGCAUGGAGGAAAUAGUACGUAAUCCAUGUAUCGCGGACUGGGAUGCUCAAUGUGAAACUAUUGUGUUGGUAUUGUACGGUAUGCAUGUAUGGAUCGUGUGGUACGGUACAGCUGCAUGCUGUGGAAUAUCAUCCUCAUGUGAUUACCGUA